AUGACUGGGAAGACCCAGACCAGCAACGUGACCAACAAGAAUGACCCGCGCUCCCUCAACUCCCGCGUCUUCAUCGGCAACCUCAACACGGCCGUGGUGACCAAGGCCGACAUCGAGGCCAUCUUCGCCAAAUACGGCAAGAUCGUGGGCUGCUCGGUGCACAAGGGCUACGCCUUCGUUCAGUACGCCAGCGAGAGGAACGCCAGGGCAGCCGUGGCUGGGGAGAACACCAGGGUCAUUGCUGGACAAUCACUAGACAUCAACAUGGCAGGAGAGCCAAAACCAUACAGGCCUAAGAUGGGCUCCAAGAGGCCCCUCUCAUCCCUCUACAGUGGCUACGAGUUUGACUAUGACUACUACAGAGACGAUUUCUACAGCAGACUCUUUGAGUACCACGGUCGUGUCGUGCCCCCAACCCGGGCUGUGAUCCCCAUCAAGCGUUCGCGGCUAGUUGUCCCGUCCACACGCAGAGCCAAAUCCUCCUUUCCAGUCAGGGCUUGUUCCUCCUCCUCCUCCUCCUCCUCUUCCUCCUCCCGAGCGCUCAAUACAGACCAGCUCCUAACAAUCAAAAAGGAGCUGUCACAGAUCAAGACCAAGAUCGACUCACUGCUGGGAAGGCUGGAGAAGAUUGAGAGGCAACAUCGCUCUGAUGCCGAUAUGCAGAGGAAACAAGAGGAGGUGUGUGACUGUCUCCAUGGGGAUGCAGCAGACCACUCUGGUGGAGAGGAAGCGGAGGGGACGGCAGAGGUGGAGGCGGGGGAGAUGACAGACGGCGCCGAUGACGACUUUGAAGAUGAAGGCACCAGCGAUAUGAUAGAAAACCACAUAUCGGACAUUGACAACUGAGUAAGUUGGGGAAAAAGGAGGCCUACAGUACCAGAAGUUGGGAAAAC